AUAAAGAAGAACUCAAGAAUGCUUCCGCAAUACUCAACCUUUCAACUCAGUACAAAGCAAGGAGGGUUAUCAGCUCCAAUCCUUAAAGAUAUGCUCGAUGCUAGGCUAUUAUCAAUUUGGAUCAAACUUCUCUCGAGUAAUUCCUUUUGGGCUAUAACAGAGAGGGAAAAAGCAACAAUAAUGCUUCAGAACAAAAGAAGGCUAACUCCUAAAGAAGCAUUAUCUCAAGUACCCUGCAGAACUAGAGGAUGGACAGACAGCUGGAAACCUUAUGUUACAGCCUGGAAAAGGUUCAAGGGUAGGAUCAGUGCGACUCACUCCUGGCCAUGGACACUCGAACAAAUUAUAAUAAACGACAUAGAUGGACAACAAUUCACAGUUAAAAGAGCUCUAUCAAGCUGGUACAAAACAACCGAAAAACCUCAUGAAAACAGAGACAACCAAAACAAGAAACACUUCUGGGAAACUACAUAUAAAUCACUUAAAGGAGUAGGAAAUGAACCCAUACCUAGUAUACUUGAAGAAAUCUUCCAAGCAACUAAUAUAGGAAAUACAAAGAAAAGAGAAGCCGCUACUUGGCUUCAUAUAAUAACAGUUUAUGAAAUUUGGUGCUGGUAUACUCAAGCAAGGUGGGGCAGCUCCUUAAUACCGCAAGAAGUAAUUGCAAGUGUCAUAACUAUUAGACUUAGAUAUGAAAUCAAUCUUCUAUAUAGAUUAGCUUAUCAAAACUUAAAAACUAGGCCUAACAAGGCUAAACAAAAUAUUAAUAAGAGAGUACAGUCGGUGAAUAUACCAAAUUUGGUCAUCGACGAUAGCGCUUUAUUUGGUCUACAACUAUAUGAACCGAAGUUAAGAAACUUCUACUCUUACAAUCAAUGCUUUGGAAUCAACUCUUUAUACAAAAAAGUCACAAGGUCUGAAAAUAUUUAA